AUGCCUCACGCCCUGCCGCGGGAGCCUCCCUUCAACCUGUAUGCCACGGCACCUCGCAGCUCCUCCAAGCUCGACGCCACGAUGCACCUUCCCUACCCCAGUCUCUCUCACAGCUAUGAGCAAGCCCCCCGAGCUCCCCUCACACCUCCAGAACUUCCCGGCUCAGCAGUGAGGGUGGUCUCACUACCGCCGAACCAAGGUGCAGGGCAUCAGUACGGCUACCAACUGCCUGCAAUCGGCAACUCCAGAUCAGCAGCAGCUCCCAGAAGUCCCAGCCCGCCAAGGCAACAACCGCAGGCACAAGAGAUGGCUCAGACACCGAGGAAGAAGUACACCAUAUCACCAAACCUCAAGAUUCCACCGACCAUCAGCACGCCACAAGAGGGUCUUCCUCAAUUAGCAGCAGAGGUGACAUGCCUCUUCUGGUUCGAGAGCUCGGCCACGCUCAAGCAAGUACUUGAUACCGCCUCGCCACGCCAGCCCAUGCAGCCGCUCGUUCCCGACGCACAUCCUACAACUGGUUUCAGGAAGUGGGUAGCAACCAUCUUGACGACCACACAGGUUGCCCAAAAUGUCAUUCUCUUGGCACUGCUUUUCAUCUACAGGCUCAAGCAGACCAACCCCACAGUCAAGGGAAAACCUGGCAGCGAAUACCGUCUACUGACUGUAGCUCUCAUGCUCGGCAACAAGUUCCUCGACGACAACACGUACACGAACAAGACAUGGGCCGAGGUCUCGGGUAUUUCGGUUCAGGAGGUGCACAUCAUGGAGGUCGAAUUCCUCAGCAACAUGCGAUACAGUCUAUUCACAUCAAAGGAGAAGUGGAACGAGUGGCACGGUAUUCUGGGCAAGUUCGGAACCUUCUUCGAUCGAGCAUCCAAGAUUCCGGCCUCCGGUGCUGUAAGCCCAGUCGGUCCUCAGAACAUGCUAGGCCUCCCGCAGAACUUUGUUCCUUCACCACCAACCCAGCAGCAGACGUCACCACCGACUACGAUGAUGUACUCCCCGAGCCACAUGGCAUUCUCCAAUACCCCGCUUUUGCAACCACAGGCCACGUCGGCCACGGUAUCCCCGAUCGGCGCCCUUCCGGAACUCGGACCCAUUCAACGCAAACGCAGCGCUGAUUACAGUAUCGAGCCCCCAAUGAAGCGACAGGCCCAUGGAUUUGCACCUGGCCCCUACAGCAAUGCGCCUCCGAUUCCGACCCUGCAGACGCCUGUCAAUAGGUCAUUCGAGCCACCACCAUCCGUGAAUCGCUUACCCCCUCUGCCAAGUCUUUCGAUACCUCCACCUCAGCAGAUGCCGCCGACCCAAAUGAAGAACUGGUCAGACCUUCCGCUACCAGUUCCCGGUGGCCGCUCCAUGGCCAUGGUGUACCCCCCGCCCGUCCAAUGGCAGCAACCGACUAGCACACCAACAUCGUCGGCCCCACCGCCUUACGCCCACAACUACACGCCCUCUACCGAUCAGUCUCGUCAAAUUAGUCCUUACCCACAGUCUGCAGGUUCCUCUCCAGUAGGCGCCUUCCCGGCAACGGGCUCGAGACAAUUAUCGCCAUCCCAUUUCCUUAAUCAGCGCCAGUCUCCCUAUCGACCGGUUCGUACCGUGCAGACACUACUUGUGCCUCCACCCCAGACGUCCAUUCACAACCCUGCGAGGAACAUCAGAUACGACCAAAUGCAGUAUCAGCCUCUGGGUCAACCGAUGACUGACCGUCGUUCUGGCCUCCUACCAUACAUGGACCGGAGUGCAUGGCCUGAGACCAACCAGUUCAACCAACUUCCUGUUCCCCAACAACCUGUGUUCAGGUGA